CCCGACCCGACUUUUAGUUGCUAUGCCGGCUCUUCUGUAUAUUUACGCACAUACACGGAUAAAAGCGCAAAGAUUUUUCGUCACUUUUGUGUUCUUUUCUUUGAGCACAAGUUAAAUAAGGUGGUUUUUGGGAUUCGUAUAAAUACAAACCAAACAAAGCCUUAGGUCUCCCAACCCUCGCAAAUUCUCUCCGAAUCAGGCAUGGCCGCGCUGCAGUACCUGGAGUCGUUGCGCAACGCGCAUCCGGAGCUCUCCGAUUGGUACAAUUCGCUCGCAGAUCUGUACCAGAAGAAGCUAUGGCACCAGCUCACUCUCAAGCUCGAACAGUUUGUUGCUCUCGCCGUGUUCCAGGCUGGCGAUGCUCUGAUACAGUUAUAUCACAAUUUCAUCACUGAUUUUGAGACUAAAAUCAACCUUCUGAAGCUUGCACACUUCGCAGUAAUUGUUUCUCGGCAGUAUCCAGAGAAGGAAGCUGCUAUCAAUUACCUUGAAGGGGUGAUUGAGAAGCUUCAAGCCACUAGAGAGCAACGGAUAGAGGAACCAAUCCUUUACAUUAAGAUGCAAAUAGCAAUAUUCAAACUUGAGCAAGAAGAUCAGAAAGAGUGCAAAAAACUUCUAGAAGAUGGAAAGAGUACACUUGACAGUAUGACUGACAUCGAUCCAUCUGUAUAUGCUAGCUAUUAUUGGGUUUCAUCUCAAUACCAUAAGUUCCGUCAGGAAUUUGCUGAGUUCUACAAAAGUGCUCUUCUUUAUCUAGCAUACACAUCAGUGGAGUCUCUCUCAGAAUCAUUUAAGCUGGAUUUGGCAUUUGAUUUGUCCCUUUCUGCGCUCCUGGGAGACAACAUCUACAACUUUGGAGAGCUGCUUGCACAUCCUAUUAUUAAGAGUCUUCUAGGGACAAAGGUAGAGUGGCUUUACUAUAUUCUUCAAGCGUUCAACUCUGGUGAUUUAGUCCGUUAUCAAGAAUUAUGUCGUGUGCAUAAUGCUGCUCUUAGAGCUCAACCGGCUUUAGUUGAAAAUGAGAAGAAGCUUCUGGAGAAGAUUAACAUCCUAUGCUUGAUGGAAAUUAUCUUCAGCCGGCCAUCUGAAGAUAGGACUAUACCUUUGAGUAUCAUUGCAGAGCGUACGAAACUUUCUGUCGAGGAUGUGGAGCAUCUUCUUGUGAAGAGUCUUUCUGUUCAUUUGAUUGAGGGAAUAAUUGAUCAAGUUGAGGAAACCGUGCAUGUGUCCUGGGUGCAACCAAGAGUUUUGGGAAUUCCACAGAUCAAAUCGUUGCGUGAUAGGCUGGAUGGUUGGUUGGACAAAGUGCAUACAGCUUUGUUAUCUAUCGAGGCGGAAACACCUGAUUUGGUUGCAUCAUGAGUUAGGUCUCUUGCUUUGUUUUCUGCCUUUGGUGUAACAAAUCCUAAUCGAAAAAAAUGUGAGUUUAAAAUGCAAGGGCGGCCAAGUAAACAGUAGUCUCCGUUAGUUGAGCACUUGGGCCAACGUUUUUUAUGCUGCUUUUCAUAUUGCUGAUGCUUUUCUUGAAUCAUUUUCCUGGAAGGAGAAGCCUCAUGUACUGCACUUGGGACUAAAUUCCAUUUCAUAUAUAGGUGGCAUGCCUAGAGACAUGGUGAAUCAAAUUCAGAGAUGGCUGUGUAACCUUAAGCGAUAUUAAACUAUGUAUUUGGAAUAUUUCUUAGAUUUUUACCGUAAUGUGAUGAUCCACUUUAUG